AUGCAAGCUUGGCUUUCGGUAUGCGAGGGUUGGAAGGCCGGACACGGUGACUGGAUAAUCGAGCUUUCGCAAGAUCAACGCCAUGUGCCUGAACGACCAGCAUCUGAAUCCGGGGCGGACGGAAUUUUCAUCCCUUCUUUGGGUGUGCCAGAACGACCAACAUCCAAGUCCGUAUCUGAUUCGAGUGGCCGAGGGGUAUCCGGGCGAGGUGUACCGUCGAAGGCCAAAGAAUUAGCAUUUCGAGGGGAACCACUAUCGGAGAUUAUCCCGGGACCAGAUGACUUUAGUCCUAUCCUUAUAUUGGAUGCGCCUGAUCGACUAGCGUCCAAAGUUGGGACUUCCCGCUUAGCGCCAUCUCCAGAUGCGUCUGAACGACAAGCAUCUGAAUCCGGGGCGAACGGAAUCUUCAUCCCUCCUUUGGAUGUGCCAGAACGACCAACAUCCAAGUCCGUAUCUGAUUCGAGUGGCCGAGGGGUAUCCGGGCGAGGUGUACCGUCGAAGGCCAAAGAAUUAGCAUUUCGAGGGGAACCACUAUCGGAGAUUAUCCCGGGACCAGAUGACUUUAGUCCUAUCCUUAUAUUGGAUGCGCCUGAUCGACUAGCGUCCAAAGUUGGGACUUCCCGCUUAGCGCCAUCUCCAGAUGCGUCUGAACGACAAGCAUCUGAAUCCGGGGCGAACGGAAUCUUCAUCCCUCCUUUGGAUGUGCCAGAACGACCAACAUCCAAGUCCGGACAGAUCGAAUCUGCUUUAACCAACGAGUGUAAACUUCAAAGUGUCGUCAAGCGAGGGAUUCAUCAAGACCAUCUUGUGGAAAGAAUACGCAAACCUGCUGUACUUGAUCGGAUCUGCGUUGAAUUGGGGGAGCACGGUCUCCAAAUCGUAAAACGACAGGUGACGGCGAUGAUCGCCCUUUCCAAUGCGGUCGUCACGAGGAUCGUAGGGUCGCCCGCCUUCGUCGUCGUAACCAUUGAGAUUACUAUGAUGAAAGCGAGGGACUUCUACACGAUUCUCAAAUACGGAGUGUAUGCUUUCUUUCCGAGGAGGAUCAUGAUGAUUAUGAGUGAUACCACUAAUUCGAGUUUUUGGAGAUUCAAAACGGUCGUUGACGUCAGCUCCUGCCUGCUGAGAGACAUUCGCUGCAAUCUCUGA